AUGAACGGGGAGCUGCUGCAGCGUGUCACGGAGGUGAAGGACCUAGGCAUCCACUUCACCAGCGACUUACAGUUUCGCAAACACGUGGUGAAUAUUUGUAAGAAGGCGUACAGGAAUCUUGGAUUUAUGCUGCGUCAGGCAAAUGACUUCACGAACAUCAGUGCAUUAAGGGCUUUGUACGAGGCUCUUGUGAAGAGUCAUCUGGAAUACAAUGCGGCCAUCUGGAGUCCAAGUGAAAUAAAGUACAAAAAAAUGAUUGAGCGUAUACAUAACAAAUAUAUACGUUUUAUGUAUAUGAAAAUGUAUAAGAUAUAUCCGGGAUAUCCAUUACUGUACCCCACCUUAUUCUGCCUCGGUAUGGUAGGUUAUUACAGAUUGGAAGUCAGACGUGAAGUGGCUUUGGCGACUUACCUGUUAAGAGUUCUGAGAGGUGACAUAAAAAAUUCGGGUCUUCUAACAGAGAUAGGUUUUUGUGUACCGGACGAGUACGUGGGGCGGCGGCGCAGGCCGCGGCUGCUGGUGGUGCCGCGCGCGCGCACCAACCUGCUGCAGCGCGCACCGCUCACCCGCGCGCUGCGCACUCUCAACACGGUGGCUGAGCACAUCGACAUAUUUAACUGUACACUGAGCGAGUUCACAAGGGCCACUUACUGUGUAGUUUCUAAGGAUUAG